ACUCGUGAGCGUGUUUAUGGAAAAGCCAAAGCCCAAAUCAAACCGAAAGUUGAAAGCUUAAAAAAGGGGUGCAAGGUGAAAUGGCGUCAUCUCUGCCUCUGUUGCUAAUUUUUCUCCGUUUUGCUGAUGCAGCUCAGAAUUUUCAGGAAGUAUCUGUUUGUCCACGGAAUGCGGACACAUGGAAAAUAGAAUCGGACAAAAAAAAUUGUCAGGGGGACACGCCCGACUAUCUGUGUGCAGCGAUAGAAAACAAUGUUGGCAAAUUCGGGGAAAUAUGCACGAAAUAUGGACUCUCCCCUGAAAAAAAAUGUGCUGUGUUGAACAAUCAGACCCAUAAUCUGGACUCUGUAGACUGUAAAGCAGCGAUAGGAUGUCCAGAAAACCCCUACAAUCCCUCCGAGUUGUGGAAGUAUCCAAUAUGCUAUGAAAAUUUUUAUGGAACAUCUCCAGCCCCUCCCCCCACUACCGCUACCACAGUCCAGACAACUGCUCCUCCUGUGUCAGGAAAUAAAACAGAAAAUAAGAGACCACAGGAGGGUGGUGGAUCAGGAGCAGGAGCAGUAGUAGGAGUGGUGGUGACUGUCUUGAUCAUUGUGGCUGUAGUGGUGCUAGUGGUGUUUUACUGCAGAAACAUGUUUGGUUUCAAGGAUAAAAUGGAGCCAUUGGUUGAAAAUUUCAGAAAUCAUCUUCCAGGGAACAGAGAGGAUGAAACAAGACCCUCUGAUAAAACUGGUCAGGAGAUUGGAGUAGCAGAUGAGACUGAAAAGCAUCUACUUCUAGGACAAUUGCAUCAAGGAUAGAUGCAGGACUAUUGUGACAUCAUAAACGUUGAUUGUUCCUCAGCACCAUCGGACUUUGGUGUAUCAGACCAUCACACUUUAGCGUUUUGUGUCUUAUUGGAAACUUGCCAUUGGACUUUUGUCUGACCAUUGGAGUUUGGCGUCCAUAAAGACAGCAAGCCAUCAUACAUACUGAUGGCACAGACUAUCAUACUAUCGCAAGACCAAUGCACUUUGAAUUCUUACGUAUAUACACAGGAUCUUUUGGGCUUGAGACUAUGAAAGAAAUGUUCUUCAAAUAACGUUAUUUUCAGCUGUUUUGAAAUUUCCUUGCUUUGAAAAAUGUUUGACAACUGGUGACAGCUAUAAUUAUAAGAUUU